AUGGCAAAGACUAGGUUAGAAUUAGCGCAUAAUGAAAUUUUACAUAGUGACAAAAAGUACAAAUACAGAUCAAAUUUAUCAAAAGAAGAACAAGAAGCGUUAAAACAUCUCAGUCAAGAUGAAACGAUUGUCGUGAAGAAAGCAGACAAAGGUUCCAGUGUUGUUAUAAUGAACAGAAAGGAUUAUAUUUCCGAGGCUUAUAGACAGCUAGAAAACAACAAAUAUUAUGAGAGACUUGAUGAAAACCCCCAGAAAGUGUUCAGUAAAGACAUACAUGAUAGUCUUAACAAUUCAGAAAAUAUUAGAGAAUCAAUUUUAGAAAAUCUAUACCCCUCAAACGUAGUCAGAGUCCCACAAUUGUAUAUAUUACCUAAAAUUCAUAAAACGUUUGACCCAGAUUUACCCCUAGGUUACCCAGGGAGACCUAUUAUUUCAGGUUGUGGAGCUUUAACUGAAAAUAUGUCUGCAUAUGUUGAUACAAUCUUGAAACCAUACAUGGAAUCUUUACCUUCCUAUGUAAAAGACACUACAGAUUUCAUCAAAAAGUUACAAAACCUCUCUAGCAUAGAUAAAGAUGCAUAUCUUGUAACACUGGAUGUAACAUCUUUAUACAGUAAUAUUCCUCAUGGUGAGGGCAUAGAUGCUUGCAAAUAUUUUAUGGAAAAUAGUAGUAGAUCACAGGAUUCUAUUAACUUCAUUUCUAAAAUCAUAGAAUUAAUACUUACAAAAAACCACUUCCAGUUCAAUGAAAUUAAUUACAUUCAAAGAUCUGGAACUGCUAUGGGAACGAAAAUGGCUCCUUGUUUUGCCUCUCUAUUUAUGGGUAAACUUGAAAAAGAAUUUAUAGACUCCUGUGAUAAGAAACCACUUAUCUGGUUACGUUUUUAG